GCAGAGACUAUCGUCUCGAAUGAGUCUGAAUUUACAUUGAAGACAUUGAGAGACUUCUAGUGGAAACGUUUGCCAUUGAAUUUACACUGAAGACGCUGAGAAAGACUUCUAGUGGAAACGUUUGCCAUUGAAUUUACACUGAAGACGCUGAGAGAGACUUCUAGUGGAAACGUUUGCCAUUGAAUUUACACUGAAGACGCUGAGAAAGACUUCUAGUGGAAACGUUUGCCGUUGAAUUUACACUGAAGACACUGAGAAAGACUUCUAGUGGAAACGUUUGCCGUUGAAUUUACACUGAAGACACUGAGAAAGACUUCUAGUGGAAACGUUUGCCAUUGAAUUUACACUGAAGACGCUGAGAGAGACUUCUAGUGGAAACGUUUGCCAUUGAAUUUACACUGAAGAUGAGACAUCCUUCAGAUGAGACAUUAAACAAACAAGGUCCUAUUGGAAGUGACUCUGCAGCAGCCACUGACUCCCUGUGUGUGUGUGUGUGUGUGUGUGUGUGUGUGUGUGUGUGUGUGUGUGUGUGUGUGACCCUGAGCGAGUCGCUUCACCUCCUUGUGCUCCGUCCUUCGGAUGAGGCGUCAAACAAAUGAGCUCCUAUUGGAAGUGACUCUGCAGCAGCAGCAGCAGUUGUUGAUGAUGCAGAGUUCACCCCCCUAGUCUCUGGAAGUCGCUUUGGAGAAAAAGCCUCCGCUGAAUGACAAUGAUAAUAAUAAUAAUAAUAAUAAUAAUAAUAAUAAUAAUAAUAAUAAUAAUAAUUAUUAUAUAUAUAUGUGUGUGUCUCUUCAAUCUCUUCAGUGUUAACUCAAUGGCAAAUGUUACGACGAGAAGUCUUUCUCAGCGGGUGCGUUAAGUAGCUGAGCGGCUCUGAUCGAGGAUUUUUCAGCUCUUGAGACUCGCUUACUCAACGCGCCCAGGGUCUUCGGUUCUGCGUUUUCAGGGCCCACGAAGUCAGGGUCUUUUUUUCUGGUGUUGCUGUGUUUCUGAAAGCUCUUGGAGGAUUUCCUGUGCCUUAUUACGCCUGGAGCUUUGAUUUUGUAAUUGACAGCCGGUGAUCGAUAUGACUGGCAGGUGCUAGACUUGCUCAAACUUCUUACAGUCCAUAACAAUCUAACAGCAUCCAAAGUGCACAGCUUUAUCAGGGAGUGGUAUUAAUAACACCGGUGAUAACAGAAGUCAAGGUUCAAGGCUAUACUGGAGGCUGUGAGGUCCAGUGGUUAAAGAAAAGGGCUUGCAACGAGGAGGUCCCCGGUUCAAAUCCCACCUCAGCCACUGACUCAUUGUGUGACCCUGAGCAAGUCACUUCACCUCCUUGUGCUCCGUCUUUCGGGUGAGACGUAGUUGUAAGUGACUCUGCAGCUGAUGCAUAGUUCACACACCCUAGUCUCUGUAAGUCGGAUAAAGGCAUCUGCUAAAUAAACAAAGAAUUAUUAUGUGCUCAGAGAAACGUCUGUCCCUCUCUCUCUCCAUUACUCCCCACACCCUCCCUCUCUCACUGCAACCUGCCUGAGUUUUCAAGUACUCCGCAGACUGCAGCUAGCAGCUAUCUCUCAUCCGUCUGAUCCACAGCAACACAAGACAGGCAGCUAGUCUGAGUGACACAGACCGAUCCACGACCAUAAAGUAUCUGCGCCUCGACACUGUGUUCAAAAUGAUUACACCUGACAGCACUGCUCCUCCGAUUCCAGUCACACAGCGCCAUCUGCUGAUACAAAAACAGUAUUGCUGUUAUUCAACAAUUUGUAAGUACAGCAAAGACGAAAACAACAGGAAGUGAACUAGAUUUUCCCUGUGAUCUGAAGAAUGAAAACCUUGAUUGGAAGUUUCUGUAAGUACUUGAAAAUGAAAACACAUGUUACAAUAUACAAAACAAAACAUAAAGAGUAUCAAAGCAAUGUUCAAGAAAAUUGAAAAUUGUCUUUAAAUCUUGGAUUCCUCAAAAUAGCCACCCUUUGCCUUAAUAACAGCCUCACAAACACGAGGCAUUCGGUUAACAAGUUUCAGCAGGAAAUCACCCGACAUGUCUUCCCAGCUCUUCUGCAGCGAUUCCCAGAGAUGUAGGGCACUUGUGGGUAGCUUUGCUUUGACUCUUCUGUCCAGUUCGUCCCAUACAAGUUCUAUGGGAUUGAGGUCUGGAGACUGGGCAGGCCAGGUCAUUAGAUUGAGUUGUCCUUCACUUUCCUUCUUCGCCAGAUAGUUCUUGCACAACGUUGAGGUGUGUUUCGGGUCAUUAUCUUGCUGAAGAAUGAAGGACUGCCCAACUAGCCGUAAUCCUGAUGGAAUGGCAUGACUCUGGAGUAUGCUAUGAUAGCCAUGCUGAUGGACUUGGUAAAGAUCACAAACGUUUGACUGGUACUGUACAUACAUACAUACAUACAUACAGUACAUCUACCAAGAAUUUCAUAUAUACCUGUGUGCUGAAGACCAGCCGUUUCAGAGACAGUCCCAGUCGUUUUAGAUACUGUGCCUUUUCUUCAUCGGUCUUACGAGAUCCUGCUCACAAUGAUUCGCUGGCCAGGAUCGACUCGGCAAAAGCCAGCAAUUUAUUAUGAAAGUAAAAUCUUCUAUUUUGUGAAAUGCCACUGUUCCACUUCUCCCAGUACCAGCAGCUGUGGGCCGAGUCAUUUUCUCAGAGGCUCUUGGGCACGUAACCCCUGGUUUGCACCCCUUCAGGUUCCUUUCUGUCCCAGACUGGCUCCUCUGAGUGGCUCUGCAGGAUCCCUGGCUUCAGGGGCGCCGCCACCAGGGGGGGAUGAACUAGACACAGAGAUUGAGGGGUUUGUGAAGGAGACAAGGAUCUCCAGCAGCUGGUUGAGAAGUGUGGGGGCCGUUAUCACACCUUCAACAACAAGAUGGCGGGCGAUCGUACCCAGGUCACCGAGCUGCUGGAGAAGAUAGACUGUAUGAAGUCUGUAUGAAGAACUUAAAAUGAGUCUCAUUCACAGCGUCUGAGAUCAUUCAUUUACAUGGUUACUGUACCAGAUAUACAGCCUGUAGUUAUAAUCAACCAAUCAAUACAUUAAAACGAUAGAUAGAUAGAUAGAUAGAUAGAUAGAUAGAUAGAUAGAUAGAUAGAUAGAUAGAUAGAUAGUCUGUAUGAAGAACUGUUAGCAUCAUUUUAAAAGAGUCUCAUUCACAGCGUCUGAGAUCAUUCAUUUACAUGGUUACUGUACCAGAUAUACAGCCUGUAGUUAUAAUCAAUCAGUCAAUACAUAAAAACGAUAGAGAUAGAUAGAUAGAUAGAUAGAUAGAUAGAUAGAUAGAUAGUAAGUCAUUGAAUGAAGAAGUAUUAUCAUUUUUAAAUAUUAUCAUUCAAAGUGCCAUAUUAUAACCAACAACUCCAAACGAUAGAUAGAUAGAUAGAUAGAUAGAUAGAUAGAUAGAUAUUCUCACUGAGAAAUGCAGGAUAUUAUAUGUAAAGUAAAAGUUGAAAUUCAAAAGCAAAGCAGAUUCAUACUUCAGAGGUAUUAUAAAACUGAGUGUGCAUUUACUUAGUAGGUUAAGUGCUGUACUGUGCAGUGCCUCGGAUUCCACACGGGGGCGCUAAAGUAUCACAGUGUGCGGAUUCCACACGGGGGCGCUAAAGUAUCACAGUGUGCGGAUUCCACACGGGGGCGCUAAACUAUCACACUGUCUUGUUUAUAGUUUUGUAUCUCUGGCCCUCUGCAUUCGAGAAGAAGCGAAAUCGCCAUUAUUAUUAUUAUUAUUUUUUUUUUUAUAAAAUUCAGUAAAGAAACGAGGCUUGUUUACUAAAAUAUCAUAAUAGGGGGGUACAGAUGAACAUGGACGCCGCUGCUGCAGGCCCGGGUUCACCGGGGACCGAACAGAGAUGGACUCCUGUCCCCGACCAAGCCCAGCGCAGCCCCUCCGAGCUGAGGAUCGUUCUGCUUGGGAAGACCGGGGCUGGGAAGAGCGCCUCUGGAAACACCAUCCUGGGCAGAGAGGAGUUCAGAUCUCAAGUCAGCGCCACUUCAGUGACAAAAGCGUGCGAGAAGAGGACGGGGGUGGCGGCUGGGCGGCGCGUGGCCGUGAUCGACACCCCGGGCUUUUUCGACACGACGCUGUCUCUGGAAGAGAUCAGGGCAGAGAUUGCCAGGUGCGUCUCCCUGUCCGCCCCGGGACCCCACGCUUUCCUGCUGGUGAUGCCGCUGGGCAGAUUCACAGAGGAGGAGAGGAGAGCGGUGCAGCUGAUCCGGGGGAUCUUCGGAGAGAGGGCGGCCAGCCGCACCAUGCUGCUAUUCACCCGCGCCGACGACCUGGAGGGCAAGCCCGUGGAGGGGUACCUUCAGGGAGCGGACGAGGAGCUGAGGGGCCUGGUGGAGAAGUGCGGGGGCCGCUGCCACGCCUUCAACAACAGGGAGAAGGGCGACCGCGCCCAGGUCGCAGAGCUGCUGGAGAAGAUAGAGAGGAUGGUGGAGGUGGAGAACGGAGGGGGCUGCUACACUAACGAGACGUACCGCCUCGCUGAAGAGGAGAUCCGGACAGAGGAGGCCAGGAUGCUGAGAGAGAGAGAGGAGGAUGGUGGGACCGAAGAGGAGGAGGAGGAGGGGAGAAGAAGGAUGACGGGCUGGGCGAAGCGAGCGAGACCCCCAGGUGGCCUCGGAGGGAAGCCGAGAGAGAUUCCUCUGCCGACCCGCGAGAGAAUCAGAAGCAGGGCGGAAGUCUCUAAGCGUGUCCUGGGGAAGCUCAAGAUCCUGGUGGCCGCGGGGGCCGCGGGGGCGGCUGUAGGGGCCCUGUUCGGGGCCGCGGUGCCGCUAGCCGGGGCGGGGGGCGCUGUAGUGGCGGGGAAAGCCGUGGCUGCGGUGAUGGCGGGCAGCGUCGCGGCUGGGGAAGCGGCGGGGGCUGUGGCAGCGGCCGUGGCGGGGAAAACGGCUCUCGGAGCAGCAGCGGGGGUCCUCUUGGGAGGCAGUGUGGGAUCAGUGGCUGGAGCUGAAGCAGAGGGCCCGGCGCAGGCAGCUAGAGAGGCAGCCGAAUCGGUGGGGGCGAUUGGGGUGGCGGCUGUAGGGUUGGCAGUAGGGACAGGAGGGGUGGUAGCGGCUGGGGCGUCGCUGAUGGCAGCUUCUGCUGCGGGGACCGCGCUGGGGGUAACGGGCGUGGAGGCAGUCGCUGGGGUAGAAGGGAUCGCUGCAGGGCUGACCUGCAGGGCGGCAGUAGAGAGCUCCAGUGCUGUAGCUUCGACCGGAGCGGCUGUUAAAUUGUUAACAGCCAUGGCAGAGCUGGGGAGGGCAGCAGCGGGCGUGGCGCUGGCUGGGGGGCUGGCGCUGAAAAUCGUUCGGGAAACUGUGAGGAGCGACACGACUUCGGAUUCUGGCGUCUUUACUGAGAAAAAGACUUUUGAGGUUUACCUGAAUAAGUAAGCGAGCGACGCUGGUUUCAAUUUGAGGAUUUAAAAAACGCUUUUUGACGUUUCAGGGGAAUGUUUGGAAGCGAUCAGGAAAGCUUAAGACGGUUCUCCCUCCAUCGCUGUUUUAUGAAUUACCGCAACUUGUGUGCAAGACUGUGCAUACCGGAUUUAAUUGUAUAGGGAAAAAAAAAGACUGAAUAGGACUACGGCAUGCCUCUGCACCCGCGGCAAUGGUGAGGCAUGCUGGGAGCUGUAGUUCUUUAUGCUGUGGUCUCGUAUCACAAGCGAUACAGACCUCUAUUACGAUACAUCAUGUACAGCCGUGGGCAAAAGUUUAGCAGCAUCACCCUCUAUAUAGAAUGAACUCCCUCAGCUUCAUAGAGUCCAAUGAAAGCUGCUGAAUAAUGUUCCCUUGUUAACAUAUUGAAUUCCACCCCCUCUAUAUAGAAUGAACUGAUUCAGCUUCAUAGAGUCCAAUGAAAGCUGCUGAAUAAUGUUCCCUUGUUAACAUAUUGAAUUCCACCCCCUCUAUAUAGAAUGAACUCCCUCAGCUUCAUAGAGUCCAAUGAAAGCUGCUGAAUAAUGUUCCCUUGUUAACAUAUUGAAUUCCACCCCCUCUAUAUAGAAUGAACUGAUUCAGCUUCAUAGAGUCCAAUGAAAGCUGCUGAAUAAUGUUCCCUUGUUAACAUAUUGAAUUCCACCCCCUCUAUAUAGAAUGAACUGAUUCAGCUUCAUAGAGUCCAAUGAAAGCUGCUGAAUAAUGUUCCCUUGUUAACAUAUUGAAUUCCACCCCCUCUAUAUAGAAUGAACUCCCUCAGCUUCAUAGAGUCCAAUGAAAGCUGCUGAAUAAUGUUCCCUUGUUAACAUAUUGAAUUCCACACCCUCUAUAUAGAAUGAACUCCCUCAGCUUCAUAGAGUCCAAUGAAAGCUGCUGAAUAAUGUUCCCUUGUUAACAUAUUGAAUUGCACCCCCUCUAUAUAGAAUGAACUCCCUCAGCUUCAUAGAGUCCAAUGAAAGCUGCUGAAUAAUGUUCCCUUGUUAACAUAUUGAAUUCCACCCCCUCUAUAUAGAAUGAACUGAUUCAGCUUCAUAGAGUCCAAUGAAAGCUGCUGAAUAAUGUUCCCUUGUUAACAUAUUGAAUUCCACACCCAGCGCUUUGUAGUUUUCCAGAGACUGAACAGAAAAACUGACAUUGAAAAAAAAAUGUGACAUUUCAGAAAUCUAACAUGAAAUACUGCUGGACUGCGAUUAUGGCUUUCGGUAUAGCCUUUUUUUUGUGAUAUCAUUUUGUAGUUUUGUUUGAUUACAUCACGAUGUUAAAUAAAAGAUCAAAAUUAUUUUUAUAUAGUUUUUUUUUUUUUUUUAAUUACCGAUAUCUCAGUCCUAAAAUUCUAGGUGAUACAAAACGUUUUGUCAAAGCUAUACAAUUAAAUCCGGUAUGUAUAAUUUUGCACGUCCUCAAUUAUUAUUUUUUUUGACAGUGGUUGAACGUUUUGGCAAAAUUCUAAACAUUUACAAUUAGGAUGGGUGACGAUUACAAUUUUAAACUGCAAAAUCUUAAUUACUGCUUGUUUCUGUAAAGCUUGAGUCGCUAACUAGAAAACUUCGAAUCGCUGGUUAAAAUAUUAAAGAAAUUGUUGGUAGCAUUUCACUGCCUUAAUUAUUGUGAAAAAUGAAGUCAUUAAAAAAUAUUACACAUUGUCUCGAGUCUUUUUUUAAUAGUAUUUAUGUUUUGCUUUGUUUUAGUGAGGGUACGUCAAACAAUAGUUAUCCUUUUAGUUUUUUUAAAUUGAUAAAAUAACCGUGUCCGAUAUAUUUAAAAUAAUUUGUGUUAUUUAAUUAUACAGUCUCUAUACCUGUCUUUAACACACACAGACAAAAACACUCGCAUGCCACACCUUUGAAUUUUAAAACUUAAUACAUUUCUACACCAUUUCUUAGUUGUACAGUUUCUGUUUUUACAAUAAAACGCGUUUUUCGUGAUAUGACGUAGAAUUGACCUUAAAACAAUAUUAAAUAAAAAAUUACAUUUAUGUAAUGAGUGACAUAAUUCAAAAUUUCAACGUAAGAAUUUGAAGGUAAAUUCUCCGGUUGCCCCACAGUUUUUUGAGACAAAAAUUUCAAUAUAAACCGAGCGAAAUUAUUAUAAAUAUAAAUAAUUUAAAUAAUAUAUUACCUUUUUUUCCAUAUUUUUUUUCACGGAGCGGUGCCGUAUCCAUCAUUUUAAACAACCUUCGGUUUCCAACGGUCAAAAAUUUUCAAAUCUUUUCCUCGUGGCGCCUUUGCAGCGCGAGGCGUUCCAUUUUUUAAAAAAAAAAAAACAGUUCGGUGGCUCGAGCUACUGUGGAUUAUUUAAAAUUUUUAAAAUUUUAUUUUAUUUUUGAAUGAUUAAUGGAGUCAAGUUAAAAUUACGAUACAACGUAAUUAACAUUUUCUUCUCCGGAUAAAAGAGAUGACAUCGUAUUUAUAGAUACAGAUUUUAAAAAAAGUAUAUUUUUUCUGGGGUCAAAUUAACCAGUUAUUAUUAUUAUUAUUAUUAUUAUUAUUAUUAUUAUUAUUAUUAUUUAUUUCUUAGCACACGCCCUUAUCCAGGGCGACUUACAAUCGCAAGCAAAUACAUUUCAAGUGUUACAAUACAAGUAAUAUUAUUAUUAUUAUUAUUAUUAUUUAUUUCUUAGCAGACAGUAAUACAAUAAGAGCAAGAAAUACAAUAACUUUUGUUCAAGUGUGACAAACCACAAUUCAAUAAUACAGCAGAUAAUAGUGAUAGUUACAUCAGGAUAUGAUUAAAUAGUGAUAGUUACAUCAGGAUGUGAUUAAAUACAAAGUACUACAGGUUAAACACUUGGCAGAUUACAGUAUUCUGAAGUACAGGAUUAAAUGCAGUAAAAUAGGGGGCAGAUAAGAGCAAAAUAAAGCACAUUUAAAUGAAGGGUGAUAGUGUCCCAGGAUACAAACAGAGGAGUUCUACGUACAGGUGCUGAAUUUACCAGUAUAAAUUCUACUUAUAAUUACUGUUACCAGUAUCAUUAUUAUUAUUAUUAUUAUUAUUAUUAUUAUUAUUAUUAUUAUUUAUUUCUUAGUAGACGCCCUUAUCCAGGGCGACUUACAGUCGUAAACAAAACUACAUUUCAAGAAUAUGCGCUGAAGAAAGAUAAACAUUUAUUUAUGUAUUUUUAUAUAUAUAUCUGUUUAAUUUACAGUAAAAUUAAAUUAUAUAUUAAUAUAAGUUUUUGUGCGAUAAAAAAAAAGUUAUAGAAAGUUAUAAAAACGUUUUUAUCUUUCGCAAGACAGCUUUGUGAUUUAUUGUAACCACGAAUUUCUCCCUUUUUUAAAAUAAAUAAAUAAAUAAAUAAACCUCUAACCAGCUACAGUAAACUUAAUUCAAAUAAUUCCUCCGACUUUAUCUCAUUAAUAAUUAAUGAACCUACAGUCUAUUUUUAAAACGCCAGUCUCUCGUUAUGGGGGCGGAGUCAACCAACGUAGCUCAUGAAUAAUAAAUCCAGCCACUUGCAAAAAUUAAAUACUGCGCAAGGAGAGGGCGGGGUAACUCAUGAAUAAUUAAUUUACUUUUGCCUGCGUGAAUUCCCCCAGCGGGGCGGGUUUAUUUUCACAACCCAAAAGCUUCUGAUGGCUGACGUACUAUCAGGCCACGGCGUUCCCCGCUCUCUGAUUGGCCGUGAGCCUGGUCUCAUGACAACAACAGGGGCGCAUUGACCAAUCCGCGGCCGCCCUGGCUGUCGUCCGGUGUUUGUGUAUGACAUCAUUGUGGAAGAUCAAAAUGGUCGCCUGUGUGUUGUUUUCUGGUUCGGGUCUGUGAGGCAGCCGCUAUCUAGUGGCGAAUGGCGUUAUUUUUUUAAAAUAAAAGGAUUAUUUAUAUUUUUAAAACGUAUUUGGAGUGUUUUUUUUAUUUUUUUUUAAACGAAACGGUUUCGGUAGAAGCGGCAGGGUUUGAGUUUUCGUCUCUCAAGCCCUCCCGACUUCACCGUUUUGAAAAAAAAAAAAAUCAUGGACAGCGAUUUUUUGACA